AUGUUGUGUGUCGAAUAUUGCGUGUUGUGUUGGGUACCAGCGCCAUGUCUCUCAGGGGCGUCUCCUCAUCUCCCAUCGACAGUACCAGCGCCACGUCUCUCAGGGGCGUUUCCUCAGUUCCCAUCGACAUCACAGUCACAGUUACAGUUACAGUCACAGUUACAGUCACAGUUACAGUUACAGUCACAGUUACAGUUACAGUCACAGUUACAGUCACAGUUACAGUCACAGUCACAGUCACAGUCACAGUCACAAAUACAGUCACAGUCACAGUUACAGUCAAAGUCACAGUCACAGUUACAGUUACAGUUACAGUUACAGUCACAGUUACAGUUACAGUUACUGUCACAGUCACAGUUACAGUCACAGUUACAGUCACAGUCACAGCCACAGUUACAGUUACUGUCAGUCACAGUUACUGUCACAGUCACAGUUACUGUCACAUUCACAGUUACAGUCACAGUUACAGUCACAGUUACUGUCACAGUCACAGUUACUGUCACAGUCACAGUUACUGUCACAGUUACUGUCACAGUCACAGUUACAGUCACAGUCACAGUCACACUUACAGUCACAGUCACAGUCACAGUCACAGUUACAGUUACAGUUACAGUUACAGUCACAGUCACAGUUACAGUCACAGUUACUAAAAGCCAUUGUGUGCCCACAUGA